GGCAGAGGGGUGAGGGUUGUUUGCUCUUCGUAUCUGAGCAAAACUCAGCAAGAUACUCUUAGCUAGGAGGCAGAUUUUGUGUCAGUUUACGUUUUUAGGGACUUUUACCAGACCCGUUCUUUUCUAAUCCCUAUACAUCAGUCAGAGACCAAAUCGCUGUAGUACUAGCAAACGUGCUCUUUUGGUACAGUUUAACUGGGCUCACUUCGAGUGCUUUUCUUUGGUCUUUUAAGCUCUUCCAUGUCUUUUGUCCAAAACUUGGAUUUCUAUUUUAAUAAACUUUCAAUACUAUAUUAUAGUAUAGUUAUUCAGAAUGCAAGCUUGAAAUGCAUUACAAGACUACUAAUGUUUUAUUUUCUACUUAGUAUAAGGGCAGAAUAUGAGUUUAAAAUUCUGGAAGCCCUUCUUGGGGAAGCACAACAGGAAUUUUUGAAAUUUAAGGUUUUAGUAUAAAGAACAAUUUAACUGUCUAUCUCCCUCUGCAGAAACAGCAGAUAAUGAGGGCAUCUUCCUCGUCUUGUUGCGAGCCCUGUUUGGAUAACCCAGCUGUGUUAAAGUUAAAAAUUUCGCAGUUAUUUAUCUUGUGGAUAUUACAGAAGUACCUGACUUCAACAAAAUGUAUGAGUUAUACGAUCCGUGCACGGUCAUGUUUUUCUUCAGGAACAAGCACAUCAUGAUCGACCUGGGUACCGGCAACAACAACAAAAUCAACUGGGCCAUGGAAGACAAGCAGGAGAUGAUCGAUAUCAUCGAGACUGUGUACCGGGGGGCCCGGAAGGGUCGCGGCCUGGUCGUGUCUCCGAAGGACUACUCCACCAAGUACAGAUACUGAGCCCUUGUCCGGUCCUGGUGCACACGGUGCCGCGGAGUCAUUCUCCCGUGGAAAUAUCGUCAACUGUUUAAAGCCUCUGAGAAGGCGUUUGGGAAAGUACACGAAGCUCAAGGAGCUGGAGGGUCUUGCAGUGAGCGUGGCAUUGCCUCAACUUUCAGUCCGCCUGGUCCUUGUAUUUUUGUAUCAGCAAAUAUCUGUAAAUAUCUAGCUGAAAUAAAUAAAAUACAUGGUGAUGGGAACAGUCA